AAAACAAAAAAAUUAAUACAAAUGUCCACAAGGACAAAUAACUUACAACAAAUGACAACAACUUGUAAAAUAAUGCUUUUCUCCUUAAUCAAAAAUUUGUCCUCUCAAUCAACUGUCGGUCUUGUUAUUUAACGUCUUAUAUAUACAUAUAUAUAUAUAUAUAUAUAUAUAUCAUAAUUCUCUGUGACGUGAAAUUUUACUGACACGUAGAUUAUGAAAGAAAUAAAUGUUAUCACUGAUUCGACGACAAAGUGAUAACGAAAUCGCGCAGGUGUUUCAGAUGUUCUGAUAAAAAAUAAAUGAGGAUUGGUUAUUGUAAAGCAAUUGGUUAUCGUUCUAAGCAAUUAAUAAUAUCGUUUUAUACGUUUUAAUGUUUAAAAUCAUAGAACAGUAGUAGGGAACGUGUACAUGUUGAGAGAAAAGUAAGGACUUUGUAAGAAAAGUAUGCUGACGUUGAUAAACGGUCCAUCGAAGUGCUCACCUGCGAGAUAAGGAGUCUCGCUCAAGUAUAAAACUUUGACUUGAUAUCGAGAACAUGAAACGGUUCGUUCAAACGUUCGAUUGGAACGCGAGUCAAAACGCGGGCGUAACUUUCGAUCGUUCUGUAAGAAAUACAUUAAGAAUGAAGACAAAUCUAACGACGUAAUCUGUCUUCUUAUAGUUUCUUUCUUUUUCGCUCAACAUAAUUUUCAUUAGCUUCUAAGUUUUCUAUUUUAUUGAUAUUAUUUUAUUCUCGCAAGAGACUUUUUCUUCUACCGAGAGACUGAUCUUUCUUUUUUAUCCGUAUUAAUUAUGAAGACUCUAAAUCUAGUUUUUUUCUUAAUCGCGUUAUACAAUGUGUGUGUGCUAAUUGACGGGCACAAUACUUGCGUUUGGUAUGGUCAAUGUGGAAAAAGCGGUCCGAAGAUACAAACGUGCGUGUCAAAUGAUAUUGCUCAACCAAUCGGCAAUGAAACGGCUACGAAUAUCCUACGAAAGAGAUGUCCACAUUUGUUCGAGAACACCGACAAUCCAUUAACCUGCUGCAGUGCCGAGCAAAUUUUUACCAUCAACUUGAAUAUGAAUAUGGCCGAAGGUAUCUUUGGAAGAUGUACCACGUGUUUAAAAAAUAUCUUUCGACACAUAUGCGAUUAUUCUUGCAGUAUGAAUCAGAGCCAAUUUAUGAACGUCACUAAGUCCAAAAUGAAUGAAAAUGGUUUAUAUUACAUCGACGAACUCGAGAUACACGUGGCCGAAGAAUUUAUAAAUAAAACGUUUGAAUCGUGUAAAAACGUAAUUAAUCCGUCCAGUGGUGGUUUGGCGAUGGAUUUAGCCUGUGGCUCUCACGGUGCGAGCAGAUGCACACCAAGAAAAUGGUACGACUUUAUGAACAGCGUAACCGAAAAUAAUUUCGUACCCUUUCAAAUUAAUAACAUUUACGAUCGUCCGGAUAUUUGGCACAAUGAUCCUUGGAACGCAGUUGUCAAACCGUGUAGCGAGCCUUACGACAAUUCCUCGCUUAGCUGCAGUUGCGUCGAUUGUCCUGCAGCUUGUCCCGUAACGAAACUAACGAUCAAUUCCAAGAGUUUUAUCAUCUUGGGUAAAAAUGGUUAUGGAAUUAUCGCUGCGAUUCUCAUCGCACUGAUUACGAUCAUAGCUACAUUCAUUUAUUUGCUUCUACUAAAGAGAAAAAUGUUAAAUUUCCAUAAUAAUGCAAAUUAUUCGGGAACAAAAAAAGAUUGCAAUCAAAUCUUUCGAAAUAUCUUCGAGGGAUAUUUUUAUUCAUGGGGAAAAGUAUUUGCGACAUAUCCAAUUCUCUCGUUGUUCAUCUCGUCUUACGCGGUUUUGGGUAUGAGUUAUGGCUUCAAGUAUCUCGUCAUAACGGUGAAUCCGAUAGAAAUAUGGGCAUCGCCCAACAGUAGAUCGAGAAUAGAGAAGGAUUAUUUUGACACACAUUUCCGCCCAUUUUAUAGAACCGAACAAAUUUAUAUAAAGCCUGUUGGCAUCGAUAAGAUUUUACACAAUACGUCGAAUGGCAUUCAAGAGUACGGGCCAGCCUUUAACGAGACAUUUUUAUUGGCUGUUCAUGAUCUUCAAGAGAAAGUUUUACAGCUUGGUCGUGAAACUGACGAGAGCAUAGAACGUUAUUGUUAUGCACCCGUUUACACUGAUUUUCUUGGUCCAAUGUCCGUAUCAUAUUGUACAGUGCAAAGUUUAUGGGGAUAUUUUCAAAACAAUAUAUCAAUUUUUAAUCAAACCUCGCAAAUUAAAGGAUACGAGAUCAAUUAUUUGGAUCAUCUUUACAAGUGCAUGCAAAAUGCAUUUAAUGCGGAGUGCAUGGCCCCAUACAAAGGGCCAAUAUUUCCUGCUUUAGCAGUUGGCGGAUUUUUAAAGAAAAAUGAAUUCCAUUACGAUUCUUCGGACUAUAUAAAAGCAAACGGAUUGGUUCUGUCAUUUUUAAUGAAUAAUCAUUUGGACGAGGAAAAACUCAAGCCCGUUAUCAAAUGGGAAGAAAGGUUUAUCAAUUUUAUGAAGGAAUGGAUAAUACAUGAUAAACCUGAUUUUAUGGAUGUGGCCUACGUAACAGAAAAAUCUAUUCAAGACGAAUUAGAUAGAACGUCGAAGGCAGAAGUGAAGACCAUGAUAAUUAGUUAUCUAAUUAUGUUCCUCUAUAUCUCAUUUGCUCUAGGAAGAAUGAGAGGCUCCAUUAGAAAAUGUUUUGGUUCGAGUAAAAUUGUUGUGAGUAUUGGUGGUAUUAUUAUAGUAAUCGCAUCGGUAGCUUCUUCAUUGGGAAUUUUCGGAUACAUUGGUAUACCCACUACUUUGCUUACGAUCGAGGUAAUUCCUUUUCUGAUACUGGCCGUUGGAGUCGAUAAUAUUUUUAUUUUAGUACAAACAUAUCAAAGAAAUCGCAAAAAUCCAGAAGAAUCGAUACCAGAACAUUUAGGUAAAAUCACAUCCAAGGUUGGACCUUCGAUGUUAUUAACUAGCAUGUCGGAAUUAUUCUGUUUUCUAAUUGGUACAUUGUCAUCUAUGCCAGCAGUUAAUACAUUCGCGAUGUAUGCAUCUUUGUCCAUUCUAAUCAAUUUCAUCCUUCAAAUCACCGCUUUUAUUAGUUUAUUAUCUUUGGAUUCCCGGAGAUCGGAGCAAACCCGAUUAGACCUGCUCUGCUGCAUAUCAACAAAUAAAAGAUCACACGUAGAAUGUGAUAACGUUGGAUUAGUUCAUGCUCUAUUCGAGCAGUUCUAUACGUCGUUUCUCAUGAAAAAACCGAUUAGAAUCGCCGUUUUGUUCAUUUUCAUAGCAAUGUUCAUUGUUCACGUCGCUGUAUUUCCUAACGUAGAAGUUGGCUUAGAUCAAAAGUUAUCAAUGCCUGAAGAUUCAUACGUUUUAAAAUACUUCCAGUAUAUGGAGGAUCUGUUAUCUAUGGGACCACCUGUAUAUUUCGUAGUAACGGAAGGCUUAAAUUACAGCAACACCAAUGUUCAAAAUAUAAUUUGCGGUGGUCAACAAUGUAACGUGGAUUCUCUAUACACCCAAAUAUAUUCUGCAGCAAAUCAGUCAUCCAUAUCGUAUUUAUCGAAAGCUGCCUCUUCGUGGAUAGACGAUUAUUUCGAUUGGUCGACUAUCGAGAAAUGCUGCAAAUAUUUUCCCAGCAACAGUUCCUUCUGUCCUCACAAUAUAGAAACAUGCGAGUACUGUAAAAUACCAACUGACAACGAAACUUCUCGACCGAAUGAAACAUACUUUCGAAAAUAUAUCUCUUACUUCGUAUCUGAUAUUCCGGAUGAAGAUUGUGCUAAAGCUGGUCGACCUUCCUAUCGCGACGCAAUCAAUUAUUACUCCGAUCGUUAUGGUUUGACUGAUAUCGGUGAUACGUACUUUAUGGGUUAUCAUACGCCCUUAAAAAAGUCUAAAGAUUGGUAUGAAUCAUUAAGAGCCGCCCGAAUAAUAGCUGCUAAUAUUACAAAAAUGAUUAAUAACGCUAAGCUGAGUAAUAAGAAGAUUACAGUAUUUCCAUACAGUAUUUUUUACGUUUUUUACGAACAAUAUUUAACAAUCUGGAAAGAAACGUACCUGUCUAUAACUUUGUCAUUGAUCGUGAUUUUUAUUGUAACGUUAUUAUUGACUGGAAUGUCAUUAUUUUCUGCAAUUACCGUCGUCAUCACAGUAUUGAUGAUCAUUAUAAAUCUAGGUGGUCUUAUGUAUUGGUGGAAUAUACAACUGAACGCAGUAUCUCUUGUUAAUUUAGUUAUGGCUGCCGGAAUUUCUGUCGAAUUUUGUAGUCAUAUCGUACACACUUAUUUAAUAUCAACGGAGAAUGAAAGAAUCGCACGUACCUCACAAACACUUUCGUUAACAGGAAGUUCCGUCUUCUCUGGUAUUACUUUAACAAAAUUUGUGGGUAUCGUAGUAUUGGCAUUUGCGAAAAGCAAAAUAUUUCAAAUUUUCUACUUUAGAAUGUAUUUGGGAAUUGUAAUUUUUGGUGCUGCGCACGGGCUAAUCUUUUUACCUGUUUUAUUAAGUUUUAUAGGACCCGAACGUAGAAACGUGAGAAGAAAUUUGACGAGAUAAUACUAAAAUUUACAUUUUUCUUAUUUCAUUUAACAGUACAAAUAUUUCAUCAUGUAGAUAAUUUAAAUUAUGUUUCUAUUAUUUUUAUAUACGCUAUCAUAUAAGACUCGGCAGAUAUUAAUAUUUUUCAAAUAAUUCGUAUUCUGCAUUUAUAUAAAUUAAAAUUUGCGUAAUUCAUUAUUUGUAAAAUAUAUUUUGUAUAAUUUUACUAUGACAUAUAAUAUUUGUAAGAACAAAUAAAAGAGAUCUGCGAGAUAGCAUGCAUAUAGAAUAUCUUGAAUUUUGAAAUAUAUGAUGAGCUUAAGUCCAAUAAAAAGUGCGAUAUUUAAAUUAUAAAUAAAAAUGCAUAAGAAUAAAUACAAAUGAUAAAGUAAUCAAGAUUUUUCGAUGCAUUUCUCCAAGUUCAAUUGAAAUUAUUAUAUAUUUAACGUUUAUUAUACUCCAUGUACGAUAUACAUUAAAUAAUUAUAAAA